GCCAACGUAGAGAGCCUCUCCUAUUUGAUGCCUCUCCAUUCUUCAAGUUACUUAACGUGUUUUUACCUAGUAUUAGAUUAUUAUUCCGUUUUUGUUAAAUCAAUAAUCUUUGUGACUGUUUAUAUAUAGCUAGCUGCUAGCACGAUGUUCGGUUGCGAGGAAAGACGUUCCAAAAACAAACUUGUGCAAAGGGAGAAAGACAGAAUCAAGAGAGAUGAAGAAUUGACAGAUCGUAUUGCAGAACUGGACAGUAACCGUGGUGUGCUGCAAAAGGCUGUGUUUGAGGGCUGCACCCAGACUGAUUCAGCAAAGGCUCUGAAACUGAGGAUGCUGACCCAGCAAAGAGAAACUGAGCUUGGAAAGACUGCUCUCACUAUGGUCCGGAGAGCAGCACUGCAAGCCCUGCUGGAGCGUGAGAGAGACCAGUAUGUCAUAGAGCUCAACAGACUUGGCAAGGCCAUCUACCAACAGAGAAUCUAGAGUCCAUACUAGACCCGUAACACCAAACAGUGCCUUUAGUUUAGUCUACACUAAGGAUGUUUAUUCAACUAGAGAUUACAUUUAAAUCCUAAUUAUGACAUCCAUCAGCUGAAACUGGUGUGAUUAUUAUUCUUAUUGUUUUUAAGAAACAUAUUUUACUUUAUCUUGAAAUAAAUAAAAGUCAGACAAAACAGGGAUGUAUGUGACUGAUGGGGGAAGUAUUGUACACAGGAUAAACUGGGCUGCAGCCCACAUCUUCCGGACGAAAGCCAGUUUUGGUUGUUCUAGCUACAACAAUUUUUGUUGAAGAUCAAAUAAGGUAAUCAACAUAUUAUAAUACAUUAUUGAAAAAAGUAAACAUUAUUUUUGUUCCACUGUUGGACACGAAGCUGUCGAUAAAGUUUUGUCAAACAAUAAACACGCGCAAAAGACAGAACGUGCCACAAAAAUCCAACAUAUUGGUCAGUUGUCGAAUCGGGAUCAGACACUAUACAGAAAUACAGUCGCUACAUGAAAACGAAAGGCCAAGAAAGAAAAGUACAGGUAAUUACACCAGUCUUUAGCGUGCAAGAAUAUUUCAGAAUUUACUUGAAAACUCUAAGUUUCUCAACUGCUUUAAGGACCAGAACUAUGUUACCAAGACUGCAGACAAUUACGACUACAUUGCAUGAUUGCUUAAGGCCAUAGGCUGAUGGAGAUAAUAUUCUAGGCUACUAAUUAUGUGAGUUACCAGAAAUGAUUCAGCUAAUGUAUCAUGUAAAAUUCAGCUAUAAAAGGCAAAUAUUUCCCUUAAUAGUAGUUUUGUGUAUGUCAGUAUUUUAGAAUCACCGCUAUGCCAAUACAUUAGGCAUAGACAAGCAAACAAUGAAAGUUGUUCAUUCAGACUGACUGGUUGAACCAGACAACCAUUCUGGAAGUUAAGCAGGUUUUGUGUGAUUCCUUGAAAACUUGCACAAUCACACCCUCGCACGUACACAUGGCUGUGUAAUGCUAUGAUUAGAGUUAGGGUCAAUCAUCCAUAUACUAUGAAUAUUUUAAUAAACCAGAUGACCAGGUACAUGCAGUUUGCAUAAAAAGUAUCCUAGAACCUUUGCCACAC